GCGCGGGGCCGAGGAGCGGCGGGACGCGGGCCAGGCCGCCCCCUGCUCGCCGCCGCCGCAGAGCGCCGGGCCCGAGGCCGAGGAGGGGGCGCCGGGGCACCGUCGGGCCCCGCUCUCGGCGGCGUCCCGGCCGGCUCCAUUUUGUGCGGAGAGCCGGCCGGGGGGCGGGGGGACGCAGCCAGGACCUCCGGCCCUGAUCCUGACCCCUGGGCCUGGCCGCCGUGCGGGGGUCCCCGGGGAGCGCCCCUCUUCCGCCCGCCGGUCCGCGGAGGCACGGCGGGGCCGGGCCGCUUUGUCUGCCCGGGCACCCCGAGCGCCGCGCGGCGGGCGGGCGUUGGGCGCGGGCCCGGGCCGGGCGAGUCGGGGGGAUGCGCGCCAGGGGCGUCCUCGCCGCGCGGGCGGGACUGACAGGUCGGCCGGGCGGGCCGUGGGGCCGGGGCCAGUCCGCGCACCUUCGUGGGGAGGAAGCGAGGUCCCCGGGAGGAAGGAAUGGAUUUGGUUUCCCCGCAGUCUGGUUUGCGCGUAAAGAAUGCAGCCAUCUGGCGGCUUGCGGUCCCUGGACUUGCCCCGAAGGUGGGAAGGAAGCCUUACGGAUUGGACUAAGGUUUUAAUCUUGGGUGGGAGGCGGGGAGGAUAUGUCAGGCUUUAGGAGUAGUAGUCUCCGAGAACAAAGAAUUAGAGGACCCACAAGUCGUAAUCUCGACCGAAGUACUCUAAUGAGAUGAUUUAAGCAAGGUUAGGUAGCGUAUGACCUUUAAAAAAAAAUAGUAUCCCACUAACCUGCAUGGACUCCACGGUUCGUGCCACGAAUCACUGGGAUGGUUUCGGCUUUCUUCUAUGGAAACUAAUCAGCAAUAUAAAGUGAUGAGGUAGACCGAUCAAUGUUGGAAUUGGGCAGAGAUUAGACACCUUUUUAGGCAGGUGUUCUUGAGUACCACUGACAACACGGUUCUCAAAGUAUUUCUUGACAAUGGAUGGUGACAGUUCCACCACAGAUGCUUCUCAACUAGGAAUUUCUGCAGACUAUAUUGGAGGAAGUCAUUAUGUUAUACAGCCUCAUGAUGAUACUGAGGACAGCAUGAAUGAUCAUGAAGACACAAAUGGUUCAAAAGAAAGUUUUAGAGAACAAGAUAUAUAUCUUCCAAUUGCAAAUGUUGCAAGGAUAAUGAAAAAUGCCAUACCUCAAACGGGAAAGAUUGCAAAAGAUGCCAAAGAAUGUGUUCAAGAAUGUGUAAGUGAGUUCAUCAGCUUUAUAACAUCUGAAGCAAGUGAAAGAUGCCAUCAAGAGAAACGGAAGACAAUCAAUGGAGAAGAUAUUCUCUUUGCCAUGUCUACCUUAGGCUUCGACAGUUAUGUAGAACCUCUGAAAUUAUACCUUCAGAAGUUCAGAGAGGCUAUGAAAGGAGAGAAAGGAAUUGGUGGAGCAGUCACAGCUACAGAUGGACUAAGUGAAGAGCUUACAGAGGAGGCAUUUACUAACCAGUUACCAGCUGGCUUAAUAACUGCAGAUGGUCAGCAACAAAAUGUUAUGGUUUACACAACAUCAUAUCAACAGAUUUCUGGUGUUCAACAAAUUCAGUUUUCAUGAUCCGAAGAAAUGAUGGACUGGAGAGUGUAGAGAACUGAGUCUGUAUGAUUCCGGAACAGAGACAUUAGAAGGAGCUGACUGGUGAAAAGAUGUCUCUUUGUAUAUUAAAUAGUUGUAAUGUAGCUUCCCAAUGCUUGACUAAUUGAGGUGUUAAUUCUGACUUGAGAAUCUUUUUCAUGAAUGAUUUUAAAGAAAAAUUUGGAUUUUAAAGGUAUUAAAAUAUUUUUGUUUUGUA